AUGGAAUAAGGAUAUGGUGUGGUUGUUUUUGGAUUGUAGAUGUAGUAUCUUAGAAUAUUAUAUUUUUAUUUUUAUUUUAUCUUCUUUUUGAAUAUUGUGUCCAUUGAUUUUCAAAAGUAAUAUUCUAUGUUCCUUUCUUUUGCUGGUUGGACCCUUUUUGAUGCGUUUCAUUUUCAACAUGUAAUGAAAUGAUGUCUUUGAUGAGAUAUUUUCUUUGAGUAACAUUCACGCAUUGUAUGUGAUCAAAAUACCCAUUUUAUGAACUUUCCUGUUUUGUAGUUUUUUAGUUUUUUAUUUUUUGCUUUUUUUGGUUUGCAUGUGUUGAAUUCUGAGUGUCUAAGGAUGUUUGUGAUUCUGGGUGUUGAAAAAGUUUGGAUUUUUAUGUUUUUUUGGCUGCUGUUUGUUGGUAGUGAUUACAACUUCAGUUUUUUAUGCUGGAAUCAUGGUUCUGUGAUUGGAUUUUAUAGUGUUUUUCAAUGCUUAUGCAAUGUGUUUGUGUAGUGUAGUUGCACUCUUUUCUCUCCUAUUUUUUAGGUUUUUAUUUUCUUCUCAGUAUAGGUUGUUGAUUGUAGGGUUCUAAAUUAUGGUUGCAUUUGCUGUUAUGAUCUUUGAUAUUGCAAUUGCAUGGCCCCCAAUUGCAGUUGCAGAGGCCUUAAACCUAGAAAUUUCGGAUACGACCUCAAUUUAGAACUAUGUUUGUGUAAUUUAGUCAACUUUCUAUGUAUAUAAAAUGUUGCUUUAAUGUGAUAUAAUUCUUUAUGUGAUCUGUGAUAGCCUUAUUAUGUAUGGCAACAAUAAUUUUAUUGAUGGAGUCAAUUUAGGGGAAAGUGUGGUAUGCUAGAUUAUGAUUUGUUUUAGUCAAAAAAAAUAAAUAAAUUAUGAUUUGAUUCUGUUCCUUUAUAAUUUUACUUUUUUCCUAUUUGUUUGACCAAUUGGCUUCAUGAUUGUUUCCCGUAUUAAACCCCUGAUUCCUAGAGGGUCAAGGGAAGGGAACCCUGGUAAUCUAGAGUUCGGCUAAGCAAAGUCUACCAAGAAUUGUUCCCAUCAGGAAUCGAACUCGGGUUCUCCCAAACGAUUCGUCCUAGGGAAGCUCAUUAACCAUUUGAGCCUAAUGACUUGGUUUGUUUUUGCUUUCAACUAAAGGGUACUGAUGAGUACUAUCGUUGAAGAAGAUGUCGCAUUCACCAAAGCCUUAGGAAGAGGGCCUAUCUUUUAUUAUGGCAUGGGACAUAUGCUCAAUGACAUAACUGCUGCUUGUUGGUUCACAUAUCUACUAUUGUUCUUGAUGGAUAUCGGUUUUUCACCAAGGAAUGCAGCUAUUGUGAUGCUUUCAGGUCAAGUGGCUGAUGGAUUCGCAACCGUAUUUGUCGGGGAACUGAUAGACCGAUUUGGACAUUUCAAGAUAUGGCAUGGUGCUGGAUCUAUAUUGGUGGCUAUUUCAUUUUCUUCUGUUUUUGGUGGUUGUCUACCAUGCACAAUUUUUACUUCUGAUUCAGUUACUUUCGAAACCGUGAGUUACAGCGUGUUUGCAGCAAUUUUCAACCUGGGCUGGGCUGCUACUCAGGUCUCACACAUGUCCAUGGUGAGUUGCAUCACGCUGAACUCAACAAGCAGAGUUGCAUUGGCUAGCUGUCGCAAUGCGUUUACGAUGGUUGCCAACCUGAGUUUAUAUGGAAUUGCUUUGUUAGUAUUCAGCGUUGUCAAUGGAAAAACAUUUGCUAAUGUUGAGAAUCAGUACCGCUGGAUUGCAUGUGUGUCAAUUUUUAUAGGAUGUUGCUUUGUCGGCAUAUUUCAUCUUGCAACUAAAGAGCCCAGAUUGCAGAUGGACGUACACGGAAGGGCCCGUGGAAGAAUUUCAUGGGCUUACUGGUUCAAGAGAGUUUUAUAUUACCAAGUUGCUCUUAUUUAUCUUCUCACAAGAUUAAUUGUAAACGUUUCACAGGCGUACCUUGCUUUCUAUGUGAUCAAUGAUCUACAAAUGGAUCAAUCAGCCAAAGCUUUGGUUCCUGCUAUCAUAUAUAUCAGCUGUUUCAUUGUAUCUAUUGCAUUACAGGAGAUUGCAUGGAAUAGCAAACUUCUUAAGGCUUACUUUUCUACUGGAUGCGUUCUUUGGAUUUUUUGUGGUGCAGUGAUCAUGCUUUUAACUAAGCAUAUGAGUUAUGCCAUGUACAUAGUUUCCGUAUUUAUCGGCAUAGCAAAUGCCCUCAUGAUGGUAACUGGAGUAAGCAUGCAAAAUUUCCUCAUCGGAGAGAAUCUUAAUGGAUGCGCUUUUGUUGUUGGAUCAUUGAGCUUUCUAGACAAAAUGUCGUGCGGGAUUGCUUUAUAUAUUCUUCAGUCGUAUCAAAAUCUUUCUCCACAGCUCCUGGUAAAUCAUCAUCAGUUCCCUCCUUCAAUUACAAGGGUAGGGUUGGGUCUAGUUCCUGCAAUAUGUGCAUUACUUGGUGUGAUAGUAACUUUGACAAUGGAUUUCCACCAUCCUUCAAACUCUUUGACAGCACCACUAUUGGUAUAGUUCUUUAGAUGAUGAUCAACAAAAUCAUUAUUCCAACAUAGAAAUUUUUCAGAUGUUUUCACCCAUCCAACAUAGUAAUGAAAAGUAUUCAACGUUUUAUUGCCAAUUUGUGUGUAUUAAUUAUUCAAUGUCGUUGAUUAUUACUAGUUACUAGUAUAUAACAUGUAGUCAAAUGUAUAUAAAGUCCUAACUCUAUAUUUUGAUUGAAAUCAAAUGUAUAGCAUCAUCAAAAAAUAAACAUAUAACAAUAUGUAUCAGUUCAAUUCUUAAUUGAAGUUCUGAAUCACUCACUGAUCACAUACUA